AUAUUUGAAUUUUAUAGUUUUUAUUGAUCAAAAUAAUACAAGUUAAAUAUAAAGUAUGGAAAGAAGAAGUACUAUUUUUUAAGCUAUAAAGUUACUAAAUGAUAUACAUAUAUCUAUUUUUAUGUAAUACUUUUUACAUUUUUUAUAUAAAAAAAGGCUAUUCUCUAAGUACUAUGAUAUUGAUGAAGGUAUGUAUAUUGCUUAAUUGAUUCUUUUUAUCAAAGAGUAUAAACCUACUUUGUGUUAACAUUGUCAUGUUUGAUUCCUACUUUUGAAAAACAAGAAGACAGAUUCCCUGCGAUUCUCUAAAUCUACCGAGAUUUCUAAUGAGCAUGCGAGCAAUCUUGACAACCAAACUGUACAUGAUGUAGAUAUUUUUCUGUCAAUUCUUCUCAAGCUACUUUCUUUUGUCAACUUUGCUGAUUCCUAUUUUAUUAAUACUAGUCUUCAUAGUUAUUAAGUGUGUUCUUUUUAAAGACAUUUAAUAAUUCUAGACCUUGUGAAAAAAUAAAAACAAGUCCUUUUUUAGAUGUACCAAUCUAAAUUGUUUGGAGAACAUGGACGGGUCAGAGGUUAUGCAUCGUUUGUGGAAUCGGGAUCUUGCUGCUGUCCUGAACUUCCGACAUAUACUUAACAAUCUGAGAUAUGAUGAGACUAUACCUGUAAGGUUCACCCGCGUCAUUCGGAUUGGACGUAUCAGAAGACAAGCAGAAGAAGAUCUCCAGGAGGGUCGUCGUUUGAGACAAAGACUGACCAGAAUUCAAAGAAGAUGAUAAAAUUCCGUCCUGGUUACCGCUUAGGACCCACCCAAGCUACCGCUGGUAAGCCAUUAGAUUUGAAUAACUUGGUAUUUAGUUUUGUAAUGGGUUGAAAAAGCUAAGAAAAAGAUGUUUUGC